AGCGGACAGUUGGAGAGAAGUGUACCUGAGCGGAGAGCGCGUGCGGAGGCAGCGGUGGAGAGAAGAGGGGAGAGGGGCUUUUUGUGGAUAGAGGAGAGAGUGGACGAGACAGAGCGCGCACGUGGAGUGGAUACGUAAGGGGGGGAGAGCAUACAAAAGGAACCGAUGGAGCUUAAAGAGGAGCCGUAGAGCCGGGGAACCACGCAGCAGCAGCAUCAGCUUCUGCCUGCCCCCCCUCCCUCCCUCCCUCAACCCCCCCUCCUCCUCCCCCCUCUCCCCCCUCCUCCCAAUCUCCUGGCCCCGUCAUUGAUGGGCAACCAACUGGACCGGAUCACCCACCUGAACUACAGCGAGCUACCCACCGGGGAUCCGUCGGGCGUGGAGAAGGACGAGUUGCGCGUGGGCGUGGCCUACUUCUUCUCCGACGACGAGGAGGAGCCGGACGACAGGUCUCCGUCGGACAGCUUCAGGGACGACAGCCCGAGGCAUGGUGGUGGAGGAGGAGGUGGCGGCGGUGGCGGCUGCGGUAGCGGUGGCGGCGGGAGUGGUGGCAGCGGCGGCGGCGCGGUGGACGGGCGCGUGAACGCGCUCGGCCUCGGCCUCGGGAUCGUGGACGAGCCCGAACUCGACGAGCUCGAGUACUCAGCCUUCUGCUGCCACGAGUGCAUCUUCUCCAAGCUGCGCGCCUCCGAGGACCUGCGCGUGCACUCGCCCACAGCGCUGCUGAGCAUGUGCAAGCCGGGCGACGUGCUGGAGCUGGUGGCGCGCGCGCAGCCGCCGCACUGGGCCGUGUACGCGGGCGGCGAGCGCGUGGUGCACCUGCACAAGGGCGAGAUCCGCGCCGACAGCCUGCUGGACGCGAGCGGCGGGCGGCCCGGGCGCAUCGUCAACGAGCGCUACCGCUACCGGCCGCUGCCCGCCGAGCUCGUGGUGCGCAACGCCGCCGGCCACGUGGGCCUGCGGGGCGGGGAGGUGUGCUGGGGGGACUCGGAGAGCUUCGCCGCGUGGUGCCGGUUCGGUAAGCGCGAGUUCAAGGCGGGCGGCGAGGCGCACUCGGCUGAGCAGCGCUACUUUCUGAAGGUGCACGCGGCACACAGCCCGGUGCGCACGCUCGUCUUCCGCAGCCUCGAGGACAUGAUCAGAGAGAGGCGGCGGGUGGACGCGAGCGGGCUCCUGCACGAGCUGCGCCGGUGAACAACAAAGAAUAUACAUACAUAAACACACACCCAAGACGAAUGGACGAAUAAACAAACACUUAAACAAACAAACACACACGUGAACGCCUUUUUCUGAUGUGGGAGGGGGCGUCCCAGGACUAUGCAUGCCUAUGGAGGAAAACAAACAAAUAAACAAAAGGGCUCCGAGAUUUGAGCUGAGGAGGGUCCGAGUUCCCACGGUGCAGUUUUUUUGGAAGUAAUUCAUGGGGGCGAAACACUUAUCCAGUCACUCACUUUUUCCCCUAAAGUCACCUGGCACCUUUAUAUCAACACCAGGCCCCCACAGUGAGUGAGCACAUUGAGACAGUGGGAUUGAACUUUAUCUACAUUUCCCUCUAUCUUUAUAAACUCUCAGAUCUUCAGCGUUCGAUCCCCUCGCCCCCUCCCUUCCUCCCCCAUGCAACUUCGCACAACUGCCCCUCAACCCCUCAACCCAACAGCCAUCCCUUCACAUGGCUACACGUCUCUUUAUUUUGCUACACGCAAAACAAACGACAAAUGUACAUUCUUCUGUUUUUUGGAGUCCAUAUUUUUGUAUUUUGAGUUCGUAAGUUGACGAGAAAUCUUUGUUUCUAUUGAAAUAAAACUUAGAUUGCCCUAUGGAACAAAAAGAAAAACGCGUCCUGUGGUGUGGAGUGUAAUUGUGUUUGCAAACAAAAGGCAGUGGUGUGCUUUUGCCCCCCUCUACAAACCAGUGUGCAGCAAGAAACCCCACAGCUGCUUUCCUGGAGUGAGCGACUGCUUCCCUUGUUUUCUUUGUAACCUGGAGAAGUGGUGCACAUUAGAGUCUGCUGCAUCAACACAAGGCUAAUCUCUGAGCACCUCAGUAAACGGCUCGCUGCCCAUCACUGCUAAUGUGUGCUAAAGCCUUUAUUCUUAAUCAGGAGCACUGGAUAUGGUGGGUGCAUCAGGGUAUGGUGCAGGGAUAUUACCAGAAUGGGUUACAUCUUUGGUUACAUCUUGCUAUUUAAACUGAUAGUUUGUGUUGUGUUUGAAGGGUUGCACUAAACAGACAAGGCUAAUGCAGUUAAUAAGUAAUGUGCAAGCCUAUAAGCACCAAUUAGGUUUGUUGUGAAUGGAUCCAAGCACAAGCAGUCUAACAUCUCUCAAAAAGCUACAUCUCAGAACAGUUAUGAAUACGAAUAAUCAGUAGUCCAAUAUAUUGGCUCAGAUCAAUUUUGGUUGAGGGAUACAUGCAAGCAUACAGUAAAAUAGUCAUCAGGGUCUGCUGUGUUUUACUUUUGUCACUAUUAUUAUUAAAAAAUAUAAGCUUGCUUGAUUCUGUGUUGAUGGAUUUGGUUCAGAAAAAAUGCAAUGUUAACACAGUAACACAAUUAUGGUUUAUAUUAGCACCAUUGUAAAUUACAUGAGAAUCGAUGGGUUAUGCCAAAAUUUUGUGCCGAAACUUGGUGAAUUCCCUUUUAAUUAGACUUGCUUAUAAAAAUAGUCAACAAUAUGACAGAUUCUAACAUGAGUCUCUGCUCCCAGUAGUGCAUUAUAAAAGUCAAAAAAUAUGGCCCUGUAUAAACAGUAUGUUAAUAAGCCAUUUAUAAUGAGCCAUAUAUUUUAUAAUUUAGCCAAUUAUUUAUUUGUAAAAGUGGUGCACUAGUCAGGGAGUAAGGUGAGAUUUAAGAUGUGUAGCCUUGUUAUCCAAGUUGCUUGCUAUGUAGCCUUCAGUGAAAUAAAGUAAACAGGUUGUGGCUGAUUGGUUGCAUUUAGAUUAAGAGCAGAAAUGUGCACAUUAGACUUUUCCAUAUGUAAGGAACUGUUUGUUUACAACUGACUUGUUAAUAUGAUCUUAUCAAAUUCCGUUGUUAUGAUGGUGUAAUGUAAAGUCUAGUGCUAGUGAUGAUGCCAAGGAUAUAUUUAAUUCUUCCACAUAGGACACAUUUUGGCAAACUUGUCAUUAAGGCUUUAAACAGCAGGUUUAGAACCAACCCUGCACUCUGGUGACGUUGAUAAAUGGUGGCUGUUUCAUGGGCUUGGCCAAUGUAGGCUUACCAAAGAGCAGGUUAGACAAUCAAAUGGAAUUUAAAGGUUAAAAAUCUUGUCUGUGGCCUCCAUGCUAUGAAACUAUGCAAAUUUUGUUCCUCAAAGACAUUUCUAAAUGCUAGUGGGGCCAAGGAGCAUUCAUCCAGGUCAGCUACACUUCUCAUUUUGGCUGCAGGGACAGGAGAUAGUAUGUGUGUGUGUGUGUGUGUGUGUGUGAUGCACUAUCCUGCACUAGUAAAUACAGUCACGCUCUGCUGUGUUUUCUAUUAGAGUGUGUAGACUGAAGCUAGGAUCUGUUAUGCUUUAUGUGUUCGAGGAAAGCUGAUUGGCCUGCUGGCCUACAGUACCUUUGUGUGAGAAUUCUCUUUGUAAAUGUCUGUGUUAGCAAUGGUAAACAAGUUGAUGUCAUGGCCAAGGCCGUACAGUUCUGCCAUAGCCUGGGAUGUAUUCCAUAUGAGUAUUAUUCAGAGAUGAUUCACAGUGCACAUUUCAGUUAUUUUUAUUUAUAUAAAUAUGCAGUUAUUUGUUGAAAGGGCUCAUGUGUUACUCAUAAAAAAUCAAGUCAAGUCAAGCUAUAUGAAAUACAACUGUGGAAAACAUGCAUAGGCAAAAUUAUAAUAUGUUUUCUGCAUAAUUAACUUAUGAAGAUUUAGACACGUUAUGCCAAAUUCAUGUUAGAGUCAGAAUUACUCAAAGUGGCGAAUUAAACCAUAUACCUGAAGUGUUUUAAGACUUCUUGAGUCUCGCUCAAAUUUUAACAUAAAUGUUUAUUAAUGCACUUUUCCUGAUGUCUGAGGAAUUACUGCAAUAUGUGUGAUAGUUUAGAGAUCAAUCAAUAUAUUCUCCAUGCUGAGAUUAUGGUGAUACGUGACGUGUGUACAAAAAUGUAGUAUGCUAUAUAUGUCUUGUUUAUCGACUAUACCUUAGUAACAAUUGCUCACAGUGGUGUUAAAGUCCAGAUGUCUGAAUUAUGCAUAAUGCAUUUGGAUAUUGGUGCAAUUCCAUAUGACAAACAUUCCAGAUAGACUUGCUUGUUUGGUUUCUGACAUUAGUAGUGGUGGUAACUGCUUACUUGACGGCUAAAUGGUCGAAGGCCGAAAUUCUGAACAUUUUUGCAUAGUUUUUUCAAACUAUUCCUUUACAAACGAGAUGUUGAUAGAAAUUGUGUUGUUUUGAUGGUGCAUUUGAAGUCAGUUCUUAUGUUGGUACCAUAAAUGCUCCGAUGUUUGAUACAUUUUGUCAGAUUUGGCACUAAGGCUUUGAAAAGUAGCAUUAGAAUUGUGCUGUUGUUCUAAAACAAGCAGAAAUGUAGAACAAUCAAUGAAAUACUGUAUAAAUACAUUUCAAAUUGUAAAGUAAAUACUUUGUAGACAGGUUUUUUUUUAAAAGUCAGAAUGCAACAGAUUGUCUGUUUUUGACUAGUUGUACCAGUUUCUAGUUUUACCUAAUAGCAUGUGAGCUAUCUGUUUUCUGCUUCCAACCACCUGUGCAGUGCAAGGGAGUGUCAGACAGCAUCAUUAAUAUGGAAAACAGGAGGGUAGAGCAGGUAGAGAACAAGUAUUGUGGGUUUCUUAAGGCUUUUGGCUAAUUACACACCAAUGGUCAUUUACGUUUUGAGGAACAGGCUUAAACAUGUUACAGAUACACACACACAGGCUUUAAACCCAGAGGAUUGUUUGGCACCAUUAUCUCAACGUCUCAUUUAGUUCCUGUUUGAGCAACAGCCACACUGGUAACCUACUUCUACAGCAGACAGUCAUGGAAUCUCUAGAGUUGACCUUUCCAAAGUCCCCCUUCCUCACUUUCUCUUCAUUUGUGUCUCCUUGCUGACAAUCUGUCAUCAAUGUUCUCUCUUUGAGGCUGGAAAUCGAGGGUAGUGGGGCAGCGGGCUAUAUGUGGAGAAUGGGGACAGGUUAGGUGUGGGUGUAUGUGUGAGAAUGUGCUUGAAAGGAGAGAAAGCACGCAGGACCCAUAGAGUUGAUGUUGCCAACACUAGAGCUGAACAGAACAUCUUUAGCCUAAAGUCAGUCUGUUUCUUAGUGAGAAUGUGUGCAUGCCUGUCUCAUCUUACUUCUUUGCCAGGGGAAUUGAGCCUCCAUUUCUUUAGCUGUGCCUUCUAAAUGGUGUGCAGAUUAAAGCUUGGCAAGACUGUCA